GCGUGCGCGGGCUGUCAUGGGACUGCAGCAUGGCGGUGUUUGCAGACUUGGACCUGCGAGCGGGUUCGGACCUCAAGGCUCUGCGCGGACUCGUGGAGACCGCUGCUCACCUUGGCUAUUCAGUUGUUGCUAUCAAUCAUGUUGUUGACUUUAAGGAAAAGAAACAGGAAAUUGAAAAACCAGUAUCUGUUUCUGAACUUUUCACAACUUUGCCAGUUGUACAGGGAAAAUCAAGACCAAUUAAAAUUUUAACUAGAUUGACGAUUAUUGUUUCUGAUCCAUCACACUGCAAUGUUUUGAGAGCAACUUCUUCAAGGGUCCGGCUCUAUGAUAUUGUUGCAGUUUUUCCAAAGACAGAAAAACUUUUUCAUGUUGCUUGUACACAUUUAGAUGUGGAUUUAGUCUGUAUAACUGUAACAGAGAAGCUACCAUUUUACUUCAAAAGACCACCUAUUAAUGUGGCAAUUGACCGCGGCCUAGGCUUUGAACUUGUCUAUAGCCCUGCUAUCAAAGACUCCACAAUGAGAAGGUACACAAUUUCCAAUGCCCUCAAUUUGAUGCAGGUCUGCAAAGGAAAGAACGUAAUUAUAUCUAGUGCUGCAGAAAGGUCUUUAGAAAUAAGGGGACCAUACGAUGUGGCAAACUUAGGGUUGCUGUUUGGCCUGUCUGAGAGUGAUGCCAAGGCUGCAGUGUCCACCAACUGCAGAGCAGCACUACUCCACGGAGAAACUAGAAAAACUGCUUUUGGAAUAAUUUCUACAGUGAAGAAACCUCGGCCAUCAGAAGGGGAUGAUGAUUCUCUUCCGGCUUGCAAAAAAGCCAAGUAUCCCCCCUCCCAGGGAGGCAUAGUCGCUUCAGAAGUUGAGUUCUAAUGGGUCAUCUUCACCCUUCUCCAGAGCAUCGUCCUGAACCAAUGGAAAUCGCCUUACGCAGAGAUGCCCAGGAAGUUUUAUUCCCUCUGAGGUUGGCCUAUGGCCAGUGACUGAUGCAGGACAUUACAGCCCAACCUUCUGACCGCGGUGGUGCAAUUCAUGCUCCUGAGGCCCCAUGGGAUUAGGCUGAGGAUGAAUUUCUCCUGAAACCACAACUUUACCUCUUUUCUUCUGCCCUGCUCUGUUUCCCUUGUUCCCUCUCUCAAUGAAUCACUUGCACAAGAAUCCUCAUUUCAAAUGCUACUUCCAGGGGGCCUGACUGAAUAAAAAAUUG